UGAGUCGACAUGCCCAUGUGUACCAGACGGCUGGGGAGUGCGCGGACGUGCGACGUUGUUCACAACGUUGUACUUGUUGUUCACAAGUCGUUGUUCCUGACACGGCCACUCCGGGUUAUGGCGAGAAGAGCGACGGUCACCAUGGCCUUGGCGGCCUUGGUGGUCAUUAUGAUGUGCACAAACAGCUCGUUUGCUCUGCCUGUCUGUACCUUUGGUGAGACGGCGACGACCUCUGGCUCGGUGAAGCAAUGGGCUGUGGGCGUGGCCUUUCGGUAUGAUCCUGUUGACAACUACGACAUGGCCACUCUCUGCGGUGCGACCAUUAAGCUGUCGGGACCACAUGGUGGCCUCUCUUAUGCGCUGUAUGAGGCAAACAACGAUGUGCUGUCAGAGUACACCAAGAUAUAUGGCGACUUUUCUGUGACUGGCCCAGCUACCUCAGGCGGCUACUACAGCGUCGGCGAUACCACAGCAGAGGUCUCGUUUGCCUCGCGCCUUCCGCUCACGCCCGGCAAGUACUACGCGCUCAUGAUACGCACCACCAACUCGCUUAACUUCUAUCGCUACGACACCGUCCCGUACUCGGGCUGUUCCUCCACCAUUCACGUCCUGCACAUCAUCCGCCAAGCCAAUGGCAAUCUCCCGCCGACACUCACCGGCUACAACCAGGCGUCGAAUGUGCCUGCCGUCACCCUCACCUUUUGCCCAUCGUGCUUGCCUGCGCCAAGUGCGCCGACGUUUGGCACGGUCACCAUUGGGGGCGACCUGACAGACCGCUUGUUUCACGGAGACACCGCAACGUACAGUUGCAACUCUGGCUACCUUGUGUCCGGACCGACUGUUCAGACAUGCACGACAGCCACCACCCUCGAUGCUGCACUCUCCUGCACCCGCACCUCGAGUGCAAGUCCGGCUCCGAUAUCCGCAUGCCUCGGCACGCCGCUGGCUGGCUCAUGGUCACCCGACGGCACGACGCUGACCAUCACCAUCGGUGCCUCCAUGCCGCCGCCGCUUUCGGCCAUCCCCAUUCCGGGCUCGACCGUCUUUACCCCCACCGGCACCGUGCCCAUCACCAACGCUGCCGGAACCUCCGCCGCCGCCUCCGCACCAUCGCCUGUUCUCUCGGGCUCGUGGGGCGCUACCUCGGCCGAUAUCAGCAUUCUCACCGAGGGCUCCGAUGGCGUCGCCUUUGCAGGCGCCACCCUUGCCGAGGGUACUGCCGUCACUCUCCUUGUCCAGCUCUCGCUCCCGCCGUCCGCCGACGUCACCGUUAACUUUCGCCUCGAUGGCGCCAUCGCUGCUGCCCCGCGCCCGGCUCACGCUACGCUUUCAGUAGCUACUCUCACCUUUACGCCCACCAACUGGAACAGCUUCCAGUCGCUGACGCUCUCCGCGCCCGCUGAUGACUAUGGCGGUGAGGAGUCGGUACCGAUCACCCUGGUCCUGGUCUCGAUCUCGUCGGCCGACGCGGUGUAUGCCAGCUCGGUGCCACCGACAGGCAUCAGCUACCCUGUCAACGUCGUCGAUGCUACUCCGCUCGACCUCGUCAUCACCGGCCUUGCUCACCCAUCGGGUGUCUCGCCGCCGCUCCCAUCGCCGCAUCAUCCACUCCCGCCGCUGCCGGCAGGCACCCCGGUCCUUUCGCAGGUCGGCCACAUGGUGUGUGGCACUAUCAAGCUAGUCUCGACGCCAUGGAAGGCCGCUGCGUCUGAACCAUCGGCGCGGGUCGUCGUCGAGCUCACCUCGUCGCUGCCCAAGUCCGUCGUCAUUAUCACCGGCGCGGAGCCGGGCGCCUUUCCGCGCCCUCCCAACUAUUUGGAUCGGAGGGCAACGGCGCAGCUUCCGGGCACUGCUGCUGCCACCGCGACCGCGGUCCUUGGCGCAGCUGCCGAGCCGCCAUUUGUCGUGGAUGGCCGUUCCGGCGCACAGUUUUGUCUCCUUGCGCUGACGGCGUCAGGCCUUGAUGCUUCGACUCUAUUCACGCUCGACGUGAGAGUCGUGCCUGCCCUCACGUCCGCGGUCGGCUUUGCCAACGGCGUCGCCGCGCAGGCCACGCUCGGAGUCGCUGCUGUCACCUGGCCUCACAUCGACCGCACCAGCCCGCAGGUGGCGACACGCGUCGGCUCGCAGAUGGUGCUCCACGGCCUCGGCCUGUGGGCCGAGCUCGAGCUGAGCGUGGCGUCGCAGCUCGCCCCACCGGCGGCCGCCAACAUCUCGGCUGCCGCCGACGGCCGCACCUUUGACGUCGUCACGCCACCGGUGGCCGACGAAGGCUAUCUGGGAAUUACGCUGCGCGAGCCGUCGACUGGUGCGUUCCUCAGCUACGACGACCUGUUCUUCACCAACGAUUGCCCGUUCGAAGGCCAGUUUGGCCGUGGCCUCGACUGCAAGCCAUGCCCUGUCGGUGCGUUUUGCCCGGGCGGCUACCGGCUCUGGCCGCUGCCCGGCUACUGGGCGCCAGCCGAAGACGCCGGCUUUGUCGCAAAGUGCGCUGAGCCUGCGUCGCGUUGUCGCGGCGGCCGGUACUCGGCAUGCGCCGGCGAGUACACCGGAAACAUGUGCUCCCAGUGCUCCGGCGGGCACUACCGGCUCGGCAAGGCGUGCGUGGCUUGCUCAUCGUCAACGGCCGUGUUCAUCACGUUAGUCGCCACCAACGUUCUCUUCUGCGCCCUCUUCAUUGUCGCCACGCUCGUGCUCAAUGACUCGCUGCUCAACACGGCGACUCAGGCGCUGCUGGGCCUGCUGGUCCUCUACACGGUGGCCAAGACAAACGCAGCGGCCAUGUCAGGCUGGCUUGCCGAGUUGUACCAAGUCCUUGCGCUCGUGGCCAUGGACUUUCAGUUUGUGCGCCCAGGAUGCGAGGGCCUACCGGGCUCGUUUGCCGCCCUCUUCUACGGCGCCGUCUGUCUCUCGGUCGGCAUGGGUGCUACCAUGGUUGUCCUCCUCUGGCUUGUCCCGCUCAUUAUCCCGUCCAAGGCCGCGUUUUACGCCAACCGCCGCAUCCGUGCCCCCAUCAUCUUUGGCUUUAUCAUGUACGUCACCCUUACUCAGCUCUUUCUCCAAGCCCUGUUCUGCGUACCGAUCACCCGCGGCGAGACCCGCGUCUGGGUCCUCUCCGCCUCACGCGACAUCGAGUGCCUCUCCUCCGAACACUCGUUUAUCUUUGGCAUCGCUCUGGUCGGCUUCUUCACCUUCUCCGCCGGCCUCCCCGCCUUUGCCUUCUAUAAGCUCCGCGGCCUCCGCAAGUCCGGCCGCCUCUCGGUCUAUCACUUUGCCGCUGCCGACGGUCUGCUCACAAAGCUUGAUUCAGACCACAUGCUGCCUACAGCGACAACCCUCGUCGACCUCGACCUCGACCUCGACCUCGACCUCGACCUCGACCUCGUCCUCGUCCUCGAACUCAUCCUCCAUCUCAAGCUCCUCCUCUACCUCGUCAUCCGAGUCUCCUCCCGGUAUGGCUUCCUCUACGAGCAGUACCGGAUGUCGACCUACCUUUGGUCGCUUGUCCAGCUUGCGCUGCUGAUGACAGUUGCUGUUGCCAGCGCCAUCCUCAGCGAGAAGCCGGGAUGGCAGGCGGCACUAACGUCUGCGGCGCUGCUCAUCACGGCGGCGCUGAUGGAGGCGGUGCGGCCGUUCGGCAAGCACUGGCGCAACCACUUUUCCGCUGUCCUCCUCACCUGCUCCUGCAUCGCUACGCUGCUCUCGUACGGAGUGGCUGCUGGUCCGCUCAAGUCGGUCCGUCUCGAGAUCUCACUUGCCGUCCUCGCCAUGUUUGUUCUUGCUCUACUCUUUGUGGCUGUCCGCGGCUUCUCUCUCGCAAUUGCCGCCUACGAGCGGCGGAAGAGCCUCUCGAACCGCAUCGGCGUCGCCACUUCGACGCUCCCGAUUGCCUCGCACACCAUGCAUGCGUUUGCGCUGGCCACACCACAUGGCGGCGGCAAGUCCAACGGCACUUCUGGCGGCAACUCACUGGUCUUUGGCUCACUCUCGCUCGCCAGCCUUGGCUCAGAUCCCGAGGCGACCGAGUCGACGGCUCUCGCUGAGCCGGCGCGCCCCGCAAGCCAAACCGCCAACCCGCCGGGCAUCGUCUCGGUCACGUCGCUCGGCGGCGAGCUCGACUCGCCACGCCAGCAGUGUGGGUUUGUCGUCGGCCUCGCAUCGGAGAACGCCCUGUUCCACGUUCAGCUGGCCACGGCGAGCAAGCUGUUCUCGGCCGCCGGCACCUCGACGUCGACGGCAAGCAUACCCAACACGGCGGUGGCGGCUCUCGACGCAGGCCUCCCUGGCGCCCUGCCUGUGGUCUCUGCCGAGGCUGUUUCGCAUGCUCUCUCGCUUGGCCUUGCCCUCGGUGGCACCAUCGCCCCCACCUCGCUCUUUGACCGCAAGCACUACUUCUACCCAGACAUGCCGCUCGGCUACCAGAUCACACAGCGCAUGGCUCCGCUGAUCCGCGGCGGGGAGCUGGUUCUUGGCCCGCGGCCUCUUGGCGGAUCGGUCUCUCCGCCUGCUGUCGCCAUUGACUACUGCUCGCUCGAGCAGGACUCGGGCAAGCUCGCCCUCGCCCGCAACCCGGACGCCGCCCUGCUGGAUCUCAACCGCGCCGGCAUGCCGCUGGUCGAGGUCGUCACCACCCCUGGCCUGCACUCGCCCGAGGACGCACAGGCUGCCCUCCGCGCCAUUCAAAUGCUGGUCCGUGCCCUUGGCGUCUCUUCGGGCAAUUUGGAGGACGGCUCGCUGAGGUGCGACGUCAACGUCUCGAUCCGUGCAUCGCGCGACGCCCCACUCGGCGUCCGUUCCGAGAUCAAGAACGUGAACUCGGUCAAGGCUGUCGGCCGCGCCAUCGCCUUUGAGAUCCAGCGCCAGUCCGAGGCCCUGGCUGCCGGCGAGAGCCUCGGCAUGGAAACGCGCGGCUACGACGCCCGCACCUCGUCGACCUACCGGCUGCGGACCAAGGAAAGCCAGACCGACUACCGGUUCUUCCCGGACCCGGACCUCCGGCCGCUGCGCGUCUCGCCGGCCGAGAUUGCCGCAGCCCGCACUGCCCUGCCGGAGCUUCCGUUUGCCACCCUCGACCGCCUCAUCGCCGAGUAUGCGCUCGACGAGGCCAAGGCGGCGCGACUUCUCGAGGUCGAUGGCGCGGUGGCGUUCUUUGAGGAGACGCUUGCGGCUUCGCCGGCGGCGGCGGCUGCGCCGGUUGCAGACUUUAUUGUCAAUGAGUACUACGGCCGGCUCGGCGGCGCGCCGCAACCAUCCAUGGCCGACGCAGUGGUCCGCCCGAGCGUCCUGGCGCGCAUCUUUGAGCUAGUAGCGAGCAACGAGGUCUCGCGCAAGGUCGCGCGCAGCGUCUUUCUUGAGCUGCAUCGAGCCGGCGAGCGUGAGGCAAGCCCUGCCGCCGUCGACGCCGUUCUCGACGCCCGCGGCUGGCGCCUCGCGCCGCUGGCGGCAGACUCGUUGAGCGCACUGUGCGCCGACGCGCUUGCCGCCCAUCCGGACGCUGUUGCCAAGUACAAGUCGGGCAACAAGCGUGCGCUUGGUUUCCUGGUUGCCCAUGUCAUGAAGGCCACAAAGGGCGCUGCGCCACCCGAUGCGGUCUCGCGGGAGCUGCGCGCCGCGCUCGACGGUUGAGCUGACGCCUUAAAACUUGGAGGUCAUGACCCAGACGCCGCCGUUCCACCCUGCUGC